CGUUCUACUGCAAGAAUCUUUACUCUGUGGAAUAAAAAGCGGACAGGGACGCACACUCGGCUCCGCUCCUCGAGGUGAAAAUCAAGCUGUUCUGAACCACGGGGUCCGCCCGAAUCCGCGCGCAGCCGCUGGGCUCCCGAGCUCCGGGUCAGAGGGGGCGGGGCCAGGUGCCCGUCCCGCCCCCGAGCGGUUUGAUUGAUGAGUCUGUCCGCCGAGGGGGCGGCUCCGCCACGCCGUUGCCCCUAGCCUGAGGGCUCGCUUGGGCGCCCACCGCGGCCCGACGUGCCUUUGCGGGCCUCCCACUCGCUGGCUUUGUGCACCCGCAUAAAAGGCGGCAGUAGAGGUGCACGGAGAUGGAGUGACCUGCUCGACGGCCCUGACCGCCUCGCACUGCUCAGCCGCCGAGCCCCGCAGGGCCGCUGCGGGGUGAAGGGAGGAGGCAAGUCCGAGCGCUCGCCGCGGGAACCGGAGCCGGAGCCGCUAUGGAGCGCGGCCGUCCCGCCAGCAGCCCACGCAGCGCCGAGCCCGCCCCGUCGGCCGCCGCCGCCGCCGCCCGCGACUCGAGCCCGGGACGGACCGGGGCGGGCCAGACAGGCUCCGGCGGGGUCGCCGCGCGCUCCGGGGGUGGCCGGCCUGCCGCCGCGAACGCCGCCCGGGAGCGCAGCCGCGUGCAGACCCUGCGGCACGCCUUCCUGGAACUGCAGCGCACACUGCCGUCGGUGCCGCCCGACACCAAGCUGUCCAAGCUGGACGUGCUGCUGCUGGCCACCACCUACAUCGCCCACCUCACCCGCAGCCUGCAGGACGACGCCGAGGCGCCGGGAGACCCCAGUCUGGGCGCCUUGCGAGGCGACGGCUACCUGCACCCAGUUAAGAAGUGGCCCAUGCGAUCAAGAUUGUACAUCGGCGCUACUGGUCAGUUCCUGAAGCACCCUGCCUCUGGAGAAAAGGCAAAUCAUAGCAACACCCCAACAGCCUCACAGCCUUAGGCUGUCUCCUGGGGGGGGCGGUCUGCUAGAAGUGGUCGCUAUUGUUUUUAAAGACUGUGAACUAAUUCUGUAUUUAUUACAUUGGACAUGACAAACA